AUGCUGCGGCGAUCAAGGGGUAAAACGCCAACAGCGCUGUGCUUGGUCGUCUUCUUCUACAUCGGCCUCUCCCGCCUGUCUAGCUGGGUGGGGCAAUUGGCAGAGCCAGACCCCGAUGUUACUGAUGCUUUCUCGCUGCUGUUUCCAAAGUCUUACCGCGGCAUCCCGGUUUCCCACAGCAAUGUGCAACAUAGUAUGCUGAAUUGGAGCAUGCUUUGGCAUGAUUGCUCCAUAAUGAUGAUUUUUGCAACCGUCGGAUAUGCAGUUUCCUACUCCCAGCAGCGAUGGCUUUGCGUCCCGCACGAGGUCGAGGAGCAUGUACCGAACCCACCUACUCCACAAAGCGGGGCCUUGCUGGCGGCUGGGCUCUAUGGGGCGAAUAUUGCCUACAACGUCAUCAACAAGCGCCUGCUGAUUGCGCACCCGCACCCUCUGUUAGUCACAGGCGUAAACCUGGCUUCCUCGUCGAUGUGCGCAAUCCUUUGCUGGGUCUUCGGGCUGAUAAGCUGGCCCGGGCGGAUGAGUUUCGAUUUCUACUUGCGACUGUUUGGGCUCGCAGUUUUCCAUUGGGGAGGAAUGCUCUUCUCCAACAUCUCGGUGUCUGAAGUGCAUAUCUCCUUCACUCACACAGUCAAGGCAGCCGAGCCGUUUUUCACGGCUCUCUUCACUGCCCUGCUAAUUGGGACUUGGCCUUCGUUGCGUGCGUGGGCAAGCCUCUUGCUAGUGAUAGCUGGUAUCGUUGUGGCUUCCACAGCGGAGAUCUCGUUUACAUGGACAGGCUUUUGGGCCGCAAUGGUCUCGAACCUUUGCGUCUCCCUGAGGACAGUGCUGACCAAGAAAACCAUGGACACCCACGUCAUGGAUCCUCUGAAUUUUAUGGCCCACCUUCAGCUAGCUGCAUUUGUAGUCUCUUUGCCUGCGGCAUUGCUCUUCAAUGUGCAUGCAGUGCUGGAACUGGCAGAAGAUUCUGUGGCGUGGCCGCUUGCAGCUACAAUCGGGCCCUUAGUAUGGAUCUUUAAUGUAGCCUCCAUCAUCAUCCUUGUCCACACGUCCACCGUGGUGCACUCGAUGGUCCGGUCCAUGCGAAGACCGCUUCUGGUACUAGCAUCGAUCAUCACGUUUGGAACAAGGAUCACUCCGCUGAAUGCCUUUGGCAUAUUGAUUACGCUGGUGGGGGCGCUAUGGUAUCGAUUCGAGAUCGAUCUUGGCAAUCGGAAGUUCAACUGGGGUCGGAGGAUGGCUUCCUGGGGCGUCUAG